AUAAGUCAACAAUGUCGCAUACAUAGCUGAAGCAUGGGACGUUUAUGCAGACUACGAUAGCUUCACAGCGGUAAAAGGAUGGCGGAGGCGACGGGGACGCUAUGCGGGCUGCCGAAUGGGGCUAUCAACUACGUACUAGGUCUCCUCGUACGCGCGGACCGCCUGUCCUUGCGGGUCGUCUGUCGCCGGCUGAAGGAGGCCGUCGACGAGAGCGUUAGUCAAGCGUGUGUGGCGUGCCCGGAGCACGUCGCGUGCCUCGACACCUUCGCGCGCGCACACACCGUCGACCUUGCAUUCCUGCUGAACCCGAUAUUGGAUCAAGCUGACAAGAAAGCUGUAUUGGCGGACCUGGCGCCCCAUCUGGGGCGCGUACGCGCGGUGCACCUGACGCUGCGGCCGGAUACGGGCGGCGCCGCAGCCAGCAAGAGCCAGCUGUGCCCGGAGCUGUGGCGGGAACUCAUUUGCCUGCUGCCAUGGCACACUGAGGUCAUGCUGCAGGCUGUGGAUCUGGCGCCGGAGGGGCCGCAGGUCAGGGCGCUCGAUGGUGCCAAAGGCAGCGGCGGCGCAGCAGGGCGGGCCAAUGGGGGCCCCGCGGGUGCCGCAGCUCCCGGCAAUGCCGCUGCUGCCGCCGCAGGCAACGGAGGCAAUGUUGGUGGGGUGCCAGCGCUCGGGCCAGGUGUGCUGCUGGCUGGGGUGCAUGGCGUGGCGGCUGCCAAUGGCGGUGGCGGAGGAGGCCUCGGGGGCAGCGGGGGCGCACUGCAGCAGGCCCGUGUGCUUCAGUGGUUGGAGCUGGUGGCGGAAGCGGCGGCGGCGCGGCCCGACCUCAGGUGGCGCUGGCGGCGGGGCGUGCCGCUGCAGCUGUACCUGGCGGGGCCGGACAGCAGCCGCCUGCAGCAGGCCGGGGAACUACUGUCUGUGCUUCGCAGCAUGUGUGCGGCGGGCUCGCCGGUGUGGGGCCUGGAGCUGGACGUGUUCCCAGACCUGCGCCAGGCCGAGGCCCUGGCCAGCCACCUGCGGGCGCUCAGCUACCUCGGGGACUCAGUGCGGGCGCUCCGGCUCCUCAACUUCCCGCACCUGGUCACACCCGCCAUGAUGCGGGCGCUGGCGUCUCUCACCGGACUGCGGGAGUUGACGCUGAGUGCGGUGGGCGUGGGCGAGCGCAGCAUGCCGGCGGCCCGCCAUGGCUCCGGUCUGGCGGUGCUGACUGGUGGGAGCGGCGGAAGCGGCGAGGCGGCAGUGGGGUUCCUGGAGAAGGCGGCAGUGGCAGAGGCGGCGGCUGCGGGGCCCAGAGCUGGCAAAGCGGGGAGAGCGGGGCCAGCGGGUGGGGGCACGUCCUCUGGCGCCGGUGGUGGUGGCGGCGGCGGCGCGAAUGGUGGCGGAGGCUGGGUUGCAUCGGCUGCGGGCGCUGCUGGCUGCACAUUUGGCCCGCUGACGCAGUUGACGCACCUGACGCGGCUGCAGUUUGUUGGCAUUCACCCGCGGGCGCUGUGUGCAGCAGAGCACCUGGGCCCGCUGCGGCGCUCGCUGCGGCGGCUGCACACCACCCACCUGCAGCUGGACGUGCCGCCGGCCGCACUGGAGGAGCUGGCGCAGGCGGAGGCGCGCCUGGAGGCAGCCAGGGCGGCUGCAAGAGCCGCAGCAGCGGCCGCGACACGUGCUGCGGGUACUGCGACAGUGAAAGUCAGCGGGACAGCAACGGGCGCCGCGUGUGGAGUGGACACGGGCGUCAGGUUGGGAGCAGGCGGCCCGGCAGGACUUCGGAUGCUGUCGGACCCGCUGCAGCCGGGGCAGGAGCAGUCAAGGCAGGAGCGGCCGCAUCGGCCUCUUUUCAGCGGGAUGCCAGGAAGCACGCCAGCAGCCGAUGCCACGGACGCGGCUGGUUUCGGUCGCGACCAGGUCACCGCGGCGAGUGCCGGCGGCGGCAGCGGUACUGCCAGCGGCGCCGCUGCUGCUGACGAGGAUCACCACCACUUGGCGACAGCGGCGUCGACAGCCUCCCCACUACAUGGGUCGGGCAUGGGUGGCGGCAGCCGCGUGCGCGCGCUCCUGGCCGCUUUGAAGACGAAGCUGCGGAACACCAGGCUGGGAAGCAACAGCAGCUACAGCAGCGGCGGCGGUGGGCCACACGGCGGCGGCAGCUGCACAACCAGUGGUGGCGGCAGCCCCGGCUUCGCCAGCGGUGAGCACACGCUGAUGAGUGGCGGCGAUGACGCCGCCGGCAACGACGCCGCCGGCCGUACAGAGUGCCCCAUGGCGGUGACUGGGCCAGCAGCGACUGCUGGUGUGCCGCCUACAGUUGCAGACAGCCGCUCACACGAGCUGGCCACAGGGUCAGCGGAAACGGCGACUGACGCAGCAGGCUCGUCACUAGCAGCGGGCACACACCCGCUAUCCACCAUUGAUGAGGCCGGCAGCGGUGACGCCGCGGCGUCGGCCGCCUCGGCCACGGCGGCGACUGCCGUCGUGAAGGCCGAGGCAGCCCUGAGGGCGCAGGCGGCAGCGGUGGCGGCGCUGCAGCGGCAGCUGCGGCUGCUGCCCAGCCUGCGCGCGCUGGAGGUGCUUUCCCUUACAGGCACCGCUGUUGAAACAGAACUGAUGACAUCACCGCCCGACCCACAGCGAGUUGGUUGUGGCUACGGCGCUGCCGGUAGCAGUGCCGCGGGCGGUGGCGGCGGCGGCCACCGCCUCCGGCUAUGUGAUGCGGCGCCGCUGUUGUCGUGUCUGGCGGUGGUGGCUCACGACCCGACCACGUGCAGCUUGGACUUCCUGUCGGGCUGCACGCGGCUGGCCAGCCUGACACUGGGCCUGAGCCCCGUGAGCUUCGCCACAGAGACGCCGCGCCGCCGCCUGCGCCCGCCGGUCGACACGCCGGAGCACGCGGCGUGGGUGGCUGCCGAAGCACAGGCACUCGAGGCGAACCCCGAGCUCGACAACCCCUCCGCCAACGCCCUCGCGGCGGAGGCUCACGACAGAGCCACGGCGGCGGCGCGCCUGGCGGCGGGGGAGGGCCUGCGCGUGCCGCUGAGUGCGGCGCUGAUGGCGCGGGAGGGCGGCGUGCACCAACACCUGGCGGACGCAGGGGAGCUGCAUGCGGCCGCGGCGUCGGCGGCCAUUGCGCAGGGGCAGCCGGACGGAGGCGGGCUUGUGGGCGCGGGGGCAGGUGGCCACCGGGGGGGCGCGGGCGGAGGCGAUGGAGCGGGCGCCGGGGGAGGCGGAGGUGGAGGUGGAGGUGGAGGUGGAAACGGAGGCGGACCCGGGGGCGGCUCCAGCAUCAUCAAGUAUCUCAACUUCUACCCGCAGUUAAAGACCGAGGCCGCGGCUGCGGCGUCGGCGGCGCACCGCAACAGCCUCCUGGCAGCCAUUGCAGCAACGCCGGCUGUGCAGUGCCCGCUGGAACCGCUGCCGGCAACCGCUGUGUCGUCUCUGGCCGCGUCCCACGCGCGCAGCGCCAGCGGCCCGCGGUGUGCGGACGGGGCUGGAGGUGUAGGAGCAGGCGAGGCCCUUGGAGCCGGCUUAGGGAGUUGCGGCUGCGCUGCGGCUCCGGAUGUGGACCUGGAGUGCUGGCCGUCGUCGCUGCUGCACCUCCACCCCUACCCUCACGCCAGCAGUGCGACAACACCGGCCUCCACAUCCAUGAGUGGCGGCGGCGCGGCUGGCGAUGCUGCCGCUGAAGGCACACCGCCGCUGGUGCCUCCUUCGAAGCCGCCGCCGCCCCCUGUGGCCGGCGGCGCGCCGGUGCCGCCCCCGCCGCCGCCGGCUGUGGUGUCGCCGGUGGAGGCGUGGCGGGAGCUGUCGUUAGCGCUGCGGGGCUGGGUACAGUCCGCAUUGAUGCUCAUGCUGGCGCUCGCGAUGGCGGGGCCGGGCGCGGACGUCAGUGUGCUGGAGAUGCCGCGAGAGGUGCGGGACGCGGUGCGGUGCCACGGGCUGGAGGGCGCGCCGGCGCUGGCCACACCGCAACAGGUGGAGGCUGGCGCCGUCCCCGGCCUGCGCUGUCUGUCUACUCUGAGCGGCCUGGUGGUGUGCCGGCUGCACGGCCUGGCCAGCGGGCAGCAGCUGCGGGCGGCGGCGGCGGCGCUGGGGCGCCUGCCACAGCUCCGGCUGCUGAGCAUUGGUUUCCAGACGAACAUAAUCCGACGGCAGCAGCGGGCCGCGUCUAUACUGCCGGAGGUCAAGCUGCGGGCCCAGCGCCACCUCGCCGCCCGCGGCGCAGGGCACCCGUCCCUAGGCGUCGCGCCGGGCAGGCAGGGCGGCGCAGGCGGCGCCGGGCCCUCAUGGCAGCAGCGGCGGCAAACACGACUUGCGGCUGAGGACGACGGCGCGGGGCGUCUCGCAGGCAACGGAACGUCUGCAGCUGGAGGGGAGCCCGAGCCCGGCGCUGACGCGCCGCCCGCGCCCCUGGCGGCCUUGGGAUUGGGCGUCCGCGCCACGCCUGCGGCCUCCGGACGAACGGUCCCCGGCGGUCCUCAUGCGGUGCCGGGCGGGGCGGGGCCGUCGACAUCCGCGGCAGAGGCGCCUGCGGCAGACGUCCCAGAGGAUCAGGAGUCUGGGGAUGCGGCAGGCAUGACCGCCGCCGCCGCGGCGCUGCUGCCACCGCCGCUAUUCCCGGCCGGCGCCUUUGCUGCGUUGCAGCACCUGGACGUGACGGGGGCGCCCGAGGCGGCCGCGCUGGCGGCGGAGCUGCGGACCGCCUCGCUGCCAGCACUCCGGGUGCUGGGGCUGCGCUUUGUGGAUGGGCUGAACUGGCCGGCGCUGGCCGGGGUGGCUCAGCGCCUCAAGAGCAGCCUGCGGGUGCUGGAGGUGUGCGGCUGCCCGGGCCUGGAGGACCUGCUGCUAGACUGGGAGGUGCGCCGCGGCUGGAGCGGCUGGCUGGGCAGCGCCGAGCUGAGCGGCCUGCCGCCGCUGGACGCGGGUGCACGCGACGUGCAGCUGCCGCUGGCGUUUGUAUUCACCUGGCCGCGAGCCGGGGCAGCGGCAGGCGGGGCGGCGGGGGCGGCGGGGGCGGCGGGGGCGGCGAGGGCGGCGGGGAUGAGGGCAGGCGCGGCGCGAGGUGGGGCGGACAGAGGCGGGUGAAGGCGGCGGAGAGUGUGGAGGGGCGGCGGAGCGGCGGAGUGCAGUGCGGGGUGCACCGCAGGUGGCAAGUAGACGUUUUGGCAUCCCUGCAUUCAUGCAUGUGGUCCAUGCCAGACUGUGUUGUGCGAUAGACGCGACAGUCUCCACGCGAGAGACGAGGCGUCCCCGUAACGCGUAUGCAGCAAUGCAAGGCCGCAAGGGCCCGAACUUGGCAGCACUGGGACCUGAUGCGGUGAUGACAGUACGCCCGCAGGCAUGCAUCAUUGUAUCAUGUACGCGUAAGUUGCACUCUCACUGUCAAUGGACCCGGGCCGGUUAUCCCUCGAGCACUCCGCUGGCGAAAGCUCUGCCAGUCCUACUAGGGCAUCCAAGAUCCAACUGCUGGUAUCCGCACGAGAGUAGCGAUUUUUCCUGAGCAGUCCCUCCGUGUGCGCGUGCAGGGGUCACCUGUGUUGCGCGGCUGUUUGCUGCUAAUUUCGUAGCUACGAUGCUCGGGGCUCUAGUGGCCGAUUGCUGCGUUCUGGGCUUCGGGGAAGCGCCACCGUGACAACUGACAAGAAGACGUGCGUCCUAUGCUCGCAGGCACCCUUAGGAGCUGAUUGGUGAUGGGCUUGGCAUGUUUGAGAG